GGUUAAGAAAAUAUGCAGGAUCGUCCCUGAACAGCAGAGUAUUUACUUCAGUUGGACGAAAAAUUCUGUUAGGACCCCAGAGAAUGAAAAAAAAAAAAAAAAAACAAAUUUACUCCUUUAGUUUAAAUGCUGUGGAUUUAGAGAGUAGAGCAUAGCAGAGAGAGAGAGAGAGAGAAAAAGGGAGAUGGAUCUGCUCGCCAACAGAGUGCAGAGAAGUGAGAUCAAGCUCGGAGACCACAUCUACACCUACAGAGCUGUCGUCGCCUACUCCCACCACGGUAUCUUUGUUGGGGAAAACAAGGUGGUCCAUUUCACACCUGAUAGAGAUUCGAAUUCAAACAUUUGGGUAUCUUCUGAUUCUAGCUUUCAUAACUCAAGCUUGAUCUGUUCUUCCUGUCCCGAAUGUGGGUUUAGGAAACCCAACAGUGGUGUAGUCCGCUCUUGCCUGGAUUGUUUCCUUGGAAAUGGAUCUCUGUAUCGUUUCAAAUAUGGAGUUUCUCGAUCAGUUUUCUUUGCUCAUGUGCGGGGUGGCACAUGCUCCCUCGCAAAAUCUGACCCACCAGAAGAAGUUAUCCACCGAGCAUUGUGUCUUCUUCAAAGUGGAUUUGGCAAUUACCGUGUGUUUCAAAACAACUGCGAAGACUUUGCGCUUUAUUGCAAAACUGGUCUUCGGGUAGUAGACAAAAAAAACACUGAUACUGGAACAAGUGGUCAAGCCAUUUCUGUCUCUUCUGUCGUUGGUGCCUCAUUGCCUGGCAUUAUUUUUUCCUUUCUGAAGCGGCAGAAUCCAAUUUGUGCGGUUACUUUAUCGGCUGGGACGUACAGUAUGAACAGGUAUGCAAAUGACAUUGGCGUUCGAGAUGAUGUGAUCAGGGUGCGAGUGGAGGACUUGGCUGUGAACCUGGUUUGGGCAGGCCCUCGUGAGGAAGUAGCUGAUGACAGUGAGGCUUCAGAGCAAGAUUUUGUUGAUUCUGCAGUGUCAGUUUCAAUUCUUGAUGGAACAAAUUUCUCUGAUUGGUCUGAACAAGUUCAGUUUUACCUUGGUCUUUGGGAUCUUGAUUUGGCACUGCGGAUUGAGAGACCGCCUACUAUUACCAAUUCAAGUAGUAUGGAAGAAAAGGCUAUAUACAAGACUUGGGAGCGAUCGAAUAGAUUGAGCAUUAUGUUUAUGCGAAUGAAAAUAGCAGACAAUAUUAAAUCAACUCUUCCUGAAUAUGAUAGUGCUAAAGAAUUCUUUCAAACCAUGGAAGAACGUUUCCGAUCGAUUGACAACUCUCUUACAGGGACAUUGAUGGAUGAACUUACUACCAUGAAAUUUGAUGGUACACGUGAGAUGCAUGAGCAUAUCAUUGAAAUGACAAAUUUAGCUACUAAAUUAAAGGCUCUUGGGAUGAAUGUGGAUGAGUUAUUUCUCGUACAAUUGAUUUUGAACUCUUUGCCUCCUCAGUAUGAAUCAUUUCAAAUUCAUUACAAUACUACUAAAGAUAAUUGGAAUGUAAAUGAAUUGAUCAGUAUGCUUGUUCGAGAAGAGGCAAGGCUUGAGCAACAAGGACAUCAUUUAGUUCACCUUGUAAGUCAAGGAGACAAAAGGAUAGAGCCACUUGAAGUUAAUGGGCUUUCUCAAGUAAUUGAGAUUCAUGAGAAGAGACAAAACAGUGUCAUAGAGCCACCUGAAGUUAAUGAACAUCAUCAAGUAAUUGAGAUUCAUGAGAAGAGACAAAACAGUGUCAUAGAGCCACCUGAAGUUAAUGAACAUCAUCAAGUAAUUGAGGUUCAUGAGAGGAGUCAAAACAAUGUCACGUGCUAUUUCUGCAAUAAGAUUGGGCAUAUAAAGAGAAAUUGCCACAAACGCAGAGCAUGGUUUGAAAAGAGGGGGAUUCCUUACAAUCCAAACCAUAAACCCAAAUAAAAAUUUCAUAUUCAUGGACAAUGGAAUCAAAGUUCCAGUUGUUGCCAUCAGGGCUUUCGUUUGUUUCUAAAUACUGUGGCUGAUUCCAAGUCCUGUUGGUGUGGCUACGGUUACGGCUGGGAUGUACUGUUUGAACAGGUAUGCAAAUGAUAUUGGCGUUCGAGAUGAUGUUAUCAAGGUGACAGUGGAGGACUUGGCUGGGAAGUAGCUGUUGACACUGAGGCUUCUAACCAACUGAUUGCCAGGAAUGAGGAUCUCCGACAACUUCAAAUAAAUUAUAGAAUCUAAAAUUAUGGAAUUCAUGCCAUUUCUUGCAAAAAAAUACCAUACAUUAAAAAGGUGGCCAAUGAGAAUUUAGUUUAUUUUCAUAAUGUUCUUGUUCUCAAUGUUGUAAACAAGUUUUGAAUCAAAAAGUUGUCUUUUUGUUUUACGAAGAAGAA